GUGGGUGCGCGGGGCGUUUGCGCCAUGUUAGCGCCGCUGCAGCUCAUCUGCUAGAUACAGCUAUGAAUACAUACGCUGGCUAGAAGGUAUGGGUGACCAAUAAUCAAAUUAGCAUAUCGUGGCCAGGAGUGACGAUCAUGUCGGCGUGAAUAUGCUGUAAAUGAGAGGCUAAACGCAGGAGGGAUUAUUUCUGUCUGUAUUUCUCUGUGCGCGUGCGUGCGGCGCCCGCGCGCGCGCGCGUGCGUGCGUGCGUAUGCGUGUGUGAAGGCUGCUGGCCCUCUUUUAGGAGAGCAAAUGGGGCUUUUUCGGUUUUGCAGCGGAUGAACGGCGCUCCGUCCUUCUCUCUGCCUCCGGCUUUCCUUAUUCCUUUCAUCACAGCCACACCAUCAUCAUCACUUUUCAUCAUCUGGACUCUCUCUCGGACAUGUAUAUGACGAGGUCGGGUGUCUUUCGCAGACGGUGCGGGGACAGUAAUGACAGCACGCUUCCGGUUGCCUGCUGGCCGAAGCUCCGAUGUGGGAGAGUCUGAAGUGGCACGAGACAGACCGAGCUCACAGGUGGUUUGUAACGUUUUGCUGCUGGACAACACGGUGCAAGAAUUCAGAUCUAACAAGCAGGAUCAGGGUCAGAUCUUACUGGAUGCAGUCUUUAAACAUCUGGAACUGACGGAGCAAGACUACUUUGGACUUCAGAUCACUGACGACUCCUCGGACAGCCAGAGGUGGCUGGAUCCAAGCAAGCCGAUAAGGAAACAGCUGAAAAGGGUCGCUCCAAAUAAUCUGAGUUUUAGGGUGAAGUUUUUUGUAAGUGAUCCAAGCAAACUUCAAGAGGAGUACACAAGGUACCUGUACUUUUUACAGUUGAAGCAGGACAUCCAGAGUGGGAAGUUACCGUGUCCCCAGAAUGCAGCAGCAGUUUUGGCCUCUUACGCUGUUCAGGCCGAGCUGGGGGACUACAGCCAAUCGGAGCAGUCACAGGACUACCUUUCCGAGUACAGCUUCAUCCCAAAUCCGCCGGAGGAUUUUGAGAAGGAGGUCGCCAAACUGCACCAGCAGCACACUGGACUCACUCCUGCUCAGUCAGAGUUUAACUACUUGAAUUCUGCCAGUUCUUUAGAGCUGUAUGGAGUGGAACUGCACUAUGCUCGAGACCAGAGCACUGCUGAGGUACACAUUGGAGUGAUGGCAGCUGGGAUCUGCAUUUAUAAAAACAGGGUACGGGUCAACCAUUUCUCAUGGGUGAAAAUUGUCAAAAUAUCCUUCAAAUCAAGACAAUUUUUUAUCCAACUCCGGAAAGAAUCGAGUAAGAGCAGGGAGUCCCUGUUGGCCUACAGCAUGGCAAACUACAGAGCGUGUAAGAACGUAUGGAAGGCCUGCGUGGAGCACCACACGUUUUUCCGACUGGAGCGGCCCUUACCACCCCAGAAGAACUUCUUCACGCACUACUUCACUCUCGGCUCGAAGUUCCGUUACUGCGGAAGAACGGAGGCUCAGUCUGUCCAAUAUGGAAAAGAGCAAGGCGUCAAGGACAGAGUCUUCGCCCGGUCACCCAGCAAGCCAUUGGUCAGGAGGCUGGUGAGUGGGACAGACUGGGAGACGGUGAGCAGGAACUCGCUCUCAGACGAACGACUGGAGACACAGAGUCUGCCCAACCGCUCGCGCCCGGGCUCGCCCAAUCAUUCCAUAUUUGCUGCGGAUGGCACCCGGAUCCGACCGUCCUCCAUUGGGCACCUGGUGGAUCACGUGAUCGAUGACUCUGUGUGCCAAGCUUUCACCAACCACAAGUCGGCAUCGUCAACACAGGCCAACAGCAUCAGCCUGGACUCGACCCCAUCUCCAGACAGCGCGAUAGACAGCCAGCCUCCUGCUCUUCCACCAAAGCAGUCCAGGAAGAACCUGAUCAGUCACAUCAGCCAAUCCCGAUCUGAGCUGGAGCUCGAGGACCACGCUGCCGAACUGUACGACGUGCCUGGAGCUUCAGAUAAGAGCAUGAAUGGAGCAGUUCCACACGACAACCUUGUCCUGAUCAAAAUGAAGCCGGAUGAAAACGGACGUUUCGGAUUCAACGUUAAGGGUGGCGCCGAUCAGAGAAUGCCCAUCAUUGUGUCUCGCGUCGCUCCUGGAACUGCGGCUGACCUGUGUGUACCGCGUCUGAACGAGGGUGACCAGGUGGUGCUGAUAAACGGACGAGACAUUUCAGACUACACCCAUGACGACGUGGUCAUGCUAAUCAAAGCCAGCUGUGAAAACCAAUCAGCAGAGCUUAUUCUGCUAGUAAGACCCAACGCAAUCUAUGAUGUGGACGAGGAGGAGGAGAAGCUGGAUUUGGAGCCGGAGUUCCAGUACAUUCCAGAAAGCUGCGCUAUGGAUCGCUCGCACUCAGACCCGGAUGGAUGGAAAUCGUCCUUCCAGAUGCUGAGAGAAGGCCUAAGCAAUGGCUCUGUGCUCGCUCAGUUUGAUCAACUGUAUCGAAAACGACCUGGCAUGUCCGUGUCCUGUGCCAGGUUACCACAGAACCUGUCGAAAAAUCGUUACCGGGACAUUUCACCAUAUGACGCGACCCGAGUCGUCCUGCAGGGAGCCGAGGACUACAUCAACGCAAACUACAUUAAUAUGGAGAUACCAGGCGGAGGUGGUGUAAGGCGGUACAUUGCGUGUCAAGGCCCACUUCCUGGCACUUGUUGCGAUUUCUGGCAGAUGGUGUGGGAACAGAGCGCCGCCCUGGUGGUCAUGCUCACCACGCAGGUGGAACGGGGCAGGGUGAAGUGUCAUCAGUACUGGCCGAAUGUCUCCUCCACCGGCACUUACGGCAAUUUCCAAGUGUCCUGCGUAUCUGAGGAUGGGAAAUCGGCGUAUCUGCUCCGAGCACUGACUCUCACACACCUGGAGACUAAAGAAGAGAGGCAUAUUUGUCAGAUGCAGUACAUGGCUUGGCCUGAUCACGGCGUUCCAGACGAUUCCACCGAUUUCCUGAACUUUGUGAGCUUGGUACGCAGUAAGAGAGGAGACUCCCAGGACCCUGUGGUUGUGCACUGCAGCGCUGGGAUUGGUCGCACAGGGGUUCUCAUCACCAUGGAGACAGCGAUGUGUCUGAUCGAGCGGAGUCAAGACGUAUAUCCGUUAGACAUCGUCCGGACCAUGAGAGACCAGCGGGCCAUGAUGAUUCAAACUGCAAGUCAGUAUCGGUUUGUAUGUGAAGCCAUUCUGAGAGUGUAUAACGAGGAGAUAGUGAAGCCGCUGGAGCCGCCGGAGUCGCCCGCGUGCGCAACAGAGGAAUAAAGAGCUGCCAUGUCCUGGAUUCCUUGCAACUGCAACUGUCCCUCUGUCGCCUCCUGGUGGAUGGCUGCGUACAUGACCCCUGCAAAUUGGAACACAGGCGACAAAAGCACUAUUUGCACUUUAGAACAAAUGACCACUUGAGGGGAUUUACUAGAAAGACAAACGCAUCAGGGUGUUGUAUAAGCAUUAACUUUUUAACAGUGAUAAACAUUCAGGGUGGAGGCAAAAGUGAACAGAACUAAAAGACAAUAGAAGUGACUUCUUGUAGUGCCAUACACUGAAAUGAGCCAACCUGGAACAAACUCUCGGAUCACUUUCCUCUGUUCAAUGCUAUUUAUGAUUUUUAAUUAAAAAGUAAAAAAAAAAGAGGCCCAUGUCCUUCCCACAGUUCACCGUUUCGUUUCAUGUUUUUCUAAAUCCCUGCUAUUUCUGUGCAGUGAAAUUCAAGUUUUCCGCUUCUGUUCAUUGCUCUGAUGCUUUGAAUAUAACACUCGGACAUGCACUCUUUCCACUUAGGUCUUGAGCCUCAAUUAAAUCCAUAUAAAGGUUUAGGCAAGCAGUUAAGGGUUUAACUACUGUAUACAGUGUGCGAAAUAAUGUGAAAAACAACGUGAAAAUGUUCCUUGCUAGCAAGACUUUUUUGCUGUAACAUUUAUUUAUAUGACACAUCAGAUCAGGCUAAUUGCUUUGGCAUGAAAUUUAAUUUUUUUUCAAAGGAUAUGGGUCAAACAAUGAUGUCAUUUAAAUCUACACUAUAUUUUACCCCCAUGUGAAUUUUGUUACCUACUGCAUGUCAACAGAAAUUUUUGAGGCUCUUGUGUGCUUGUACCACAUUUCAACAUGCAGGUUUUUAUUGGUUUGUUUUUUUACUUUUUUAGCAGACUACUGACGUCUCACGUUAAAAUAUCUCACUGGAUAACUAAGGUAAAUGCACCUAGUUAACUAAUGUAAAGGUGCUAGGUCCAUCCCAUGUUCUUUAUAAGAGUGAGAUAAAGAUCCUGUAGGCCCCAACCCUCUACCUAACAAACUAAAGGGUCUGUACCAGCCCGUGUACCAGACUAACCAAGAAGGCCCAAACACAAUUACAUUUGUAAGGAAACAAUGCUAUAAACCCUAUCCCUGUACUGGAGAACCUAUGGUAAAGGUGCUGUAGCCCAGACCCCUGUAAACUGGCUAAGGAAAUGAUGCUAUAGACCCUGACCCUGCCCUGGCGUACCCAAGGUAAAGAUGCUAUAGGCCCCAACCCUCUACCAAACUAAAGGGUCUAAAGAAGCCCUGUAUCAGCAUCAGGUAACGAGCACAGUCUGAGCCCCUGUACCAGACUAACCUAGGUUCUAAAGGCCCAAACACAAUUACACUGGUAAAGAAACAAUGCUAUAAACCCUGUCCCUGUACUGGAGCACCUAUGGUAAAGGUGCUAUUGAUCAGAUCCCUGUAACGAGAUAAAGGCCCUGACUCUGUCCCAGGCAACCUAAGGUACUGAAGCCAAGAGCCUUUUAAGUGGCUAAGGAAAUCAUGCCUUAGACCCUGGCCCUGUCCUGGAGUACCUAAGCUAAAGGUGCUGUAGCCCAGACCCCUGUAAACUGGCUAAGGAAAUGAUGCUAUAGGCCCCAACCUUUCCUGGUGUACCCAAGGUAAAGGUGCUGUAUCCCAGACCCCUGUAACUGGCUAAGGACAUGAUCCUUUAGACCCUGACCCUGAAAUGAUGCUAUUGACCCUGACCCUGUCCCCGACAACCUAAGGUGCUGAAGGCUAGAGCUUUGUAACUGGUUAAGGAAAUGAUGCUGUAGUCCCUGACCAUGUCCUGGAGUACCUAAGGUUAAGGUGGUAUAGGCCGGUCCCUAUAAAACUGGAUAACUAAAUAAUGCUAUAGACCCUGUUCCUGUACUGGAUUACCUAUGGUAAAGGUGCUAUAGAACAGACCCCUGUAACUAGCUAAGGAAAUUAUGCUAUAGACCCUGACCAUGUCCUGAAGUACCUAAGGUAAAGGUGGUAUAGGCCGGCCCCUAUAAUACUGGAUAACGAUAUAAUGCUAUAGACCCUGACCCUGUCCUAGAGUACUUAAGGUAAAGGUGCUGUAGCCCAGACCCCUGUAACGGGCUAAGGAAAUGAUGCUGUCCUGUCCUGGAGUACCUACUGUAAAGGUGCUAUAGGCCAGUCCCUAAAAACUGCAUAAAUAAACGAUGCUGUAGACCCUGUUCUUGUACUGACAGCCCCAAGAUGAAAGUCCUAAAUGCCCUGCAAUACAAGACUAACAAAUUAACAAUCCUAUAGGUCUAACCUCUGCACCCUUCCUGAGAUGAAGGUGAAGUAGGCCUCUUAUAUGCAGGGGGAUAUUAUUAAGAAGAAGAAUUAGGAAAGCUAAUAUUUGUCACAUAUUCAUAACAGUAUAGUUAAAUUCUUUGCUGUGCUUGUUAGGAAGCUCGGGUCAGCCAUUAUAUGAAGCCCCUGAAGCAGGGUGUUAAGGGCUUCCUCAAGGUUCCAACAGUGGCAGCUUGGUUUUGCUGAAGCUUGAACGCCUGAUGUUUGGAAGCAUCUUCAACUCCACUGGCAGUAGACAUUAUUAGUAGUACCUUUAGCUUAGUCAGGUGCUUUUUGCUUUCUUAACCUUGUGCAAGGAAGGAACCUUUUAAACUUUUAUCCUGGUGCCUGGCAACUGAGGUGAAGCUAUCAACCCUGUAUCUGAUAAAUUAAAGGUUCUAUAGGCACUGCUUUGGUGCUGGCAUUGGCUAAAUAUGUUAGAACAACUAAUACGGUAAUGAUAUUAAAGGACUUGCACCUAGUCUGGUACCUGACUCAGUUGAAGGUACUAUUGCACUGGCCUUUGCCAAUGGAGAUGAAUAUGCCAUUGAUCCCUGACUGUACUUGGGUAAUUAAGGUAAAGGAGCUAUAAGCCUUUCUCCUUACACUGGAAAAAUGACAAAUUUGCUCUAGACCUGAUUCCAUGGAAGCUCUAUAAGACCCAGCUCCUGUUUUACCCAAGUACCUAAAAAAUAUGUCCUCGACUUAUCGUUGCCCUUUGUUCAGUCAUCAUUACUCACUCAUCCUUUGUGAAUAUACUCGAAUAUGCUAAACCCCAAAUUGUGGAAUACACACUGACAUUUGUUGUUAAUCCCCCUUGCCCCUAAAGAAACUGGAAAAAUGAUGUGACCAACUACUGUUUUUAUGUCUUGCUCUUAUUCCAUCCGUCCUGUUUUAACAAAUGCAUUCCACAAUGUAUAAGGGAUUUGGCUUCCAGGACCAACACAUGUUUUCAUCCUAAUGAAUGUCCAUCAAGCAGACAUGCGAGCUUCCGUGCGUGUUGUGAUGAAUCUUAAGCUAUAGAUUUGCUAUUAAUAUUGUGUUGGGACAAUGGUAUUUUUGUAUUUUAAAGUUGAGAGAAAAAAAGAGAGACAACACUUUGCAGCUGACUUUGUAGCUUGACAAGCUACUUUAUUCUUACUGUAGUUAUGGGCAAGGGGGAGUCAUGUUGAAAUUAUAUUUAUGUCAGAAAAUUUGUUAAAUAGAGACACCUGUAGGAACAUCUCUUAACUACAUAGUGUCAAAUGUUAAAUAUUUGUAAAUAUGUUGUUAUAUAUUAAAAAAAGUGUUCUGAAAA